AUGGCGGACGAGCUUGCACGGGCAUACUUUGAGAAGCUGAAGGCGGCGGAACAACAAAUAUUCGAGCUGCAGUUAGAGCUUGCGGGAAAGAACAAAUCAACAAGCAGUGCGACGACCACCGUGGCCAACAACCAUGAGGUGCUUGCGCACAGGAUUCAAUUGCUUGAGCAGGACAAUGCUCGUCUGAGAAAUGCUGAUGCCUACAACGAGCAGCUGGAAGAUGAGGAAGAUGAGGAUGAAGAUGAUGAUGGGGAACAGGUCAUCAUGUGCGACUGUGGCAUCGACCUUCUUGCGCAACUGCAGGAGAACAAAGCGCUGCAGAAUGAGCUCAAGACAGAGAGGCUACAAUUUCAGGUCAUUCAAGGUCAAGUGAAACAUCUUCGCAAGCAGGUAUCUGAGCGAGACGAGAGAAUCGUCAACUUGACAGCACAAGAGAGUGCCGUGCAGAUCAAGAAAGAGCAGACAGGGACUCCUGCUGAAAACCCAGCGAAACGGAAGAGGACCGACAUGGACAUUGAUCAACAUCCACGGACAGCCAAUAUUAGCAGCCAAACUGACAGGGCCUUGGCAGCACAAGACUACAGACAGCAUCCCGCCCGAGCAGAAUGGACUGGACACACUCUUCCACCACGGCCAGGAGGUGGUCUUCCGUUGCCUACACCAGCUCAAACCCCGAACCCUAUGGCUCCUGGCAAUCCCUUCUACGCCAGCCCUACACCACUGCUGCCUCCUUCUGUCGGUUUGUUUGCCUCCUGUCCAGCGCCAGGGCCGCCAUCUCAGUCUGUCCCUAUUCAAACCAAUGCCGCCCGGGGAACGUCCAUUCCCGCGAAAGUGACGAGACCUCCACAGAUGUCCCCGUUUGCCAGAGCGCCCAGCAGAGACCCAAUUCCAAUCACUCAUCCUGACCGAGUCAAGUUGGUCCGUGACGAGUCAAGGGUGCUGAGGAAGGUACUGGAGUCGCCCACAUCACCACAGGACUCUUCAACCGACUCAGAGUCCGACACCCUGACGGACGUCAAGGUGGACGGCUUUCCCCUGAGUUGGAGACUGCAGAAGAUCAAACAAUAUCUGACAAAGCAAAGACUCUCGCCUUUGUCCGUGCGACGUCCGCAGAUGCCAUUCGCCCACAUGACAUUCUCCGACCGACAGGAUGCAACACGCGCGAUGGAUCGUCUCAACGGUCAAUCGAUUGAAGGCCACAUUUUGGCCGGGUCUCUUGCGAACGGCUGA